UUUGACCAUGAAUCGCAAGGAUCGUUUUACGUUAUAAAUACUUCGGUCAACAGUAAAAUAUAGUUAGUUGUGCAUCGUGGAUAUAUUCCGGAUACAAUAUGACUGCGUGUUUAAGAAUGCUGGGCCUUAUGGCCGUUGCAAUCGGUCAUAUAUCACAAGGUAUGAUCAUCUACAAUCCAACGUCGUACACGAACCGGUACACAGACCCGUGUUCGCCAAACCCGUGCGGUUCCAACACUCAGUGCCGCGUGGCAGAAGGAAGACCCGUUUGCAGCUGCCUGGCCGGACACUGGGGAAAUCCGUUGACCUACUGUCAACGCGGCGAGUGCGAAGUCAAUCAAGACUGCCCAAACUCGAAAGCUUGCCGUAAUUACAAAUGUGAAGAUGUAUGCUCAGGACAAUGCGGACAUAACGCUGACUGCACGCCCAGGAAUCAUAUUGCUGUGUGUUCCUGUCCAGCCCGUCAUGCCGGUGAUCCGUCCGUGUCUUGUCGCCGAAUGGAUCCACAAGAACAAUGUUACCCUAGUCCGUGUGGCCAGAACACCAAAUGCGAAGUAAUCAACGAUGUGCCAGUGUGUACUUGUCUGCCGGGUUACUUCGGUUCACCAUCUACCGGUUGCCGUCACGAAUGCGACUCCGACUAUGAUUGCAGUCCGUCUCAGAUGUGCCAACAGUACAAAUGCACCUCAGCAUGCGCUUCGGGCACUUGUGCACCGACUGCUAUAUGUGACGUCAAUAACCACCGGCCCACCUGCUCGUGUCCGAAGGGCUACUUCGGUGACCCGUACACGUCAUGUCGGGCCGAGUGUCUGUCGCACGCCGACUGCCCGUCGGACCGUCCGGCGUGCAUGGGCGACCGUUGCGUGAACCCGUGCAACGGCGGUAGCGUGUGCGGCAUCAACGCCAACUGCGAAGCGAGGGGCGCGACGCCCAUAUGCAGCUGCCCGCGGACCAUGACCGGCGACCCGUUCGUCCGGUGCCGCCCGUUCGAACCGGCCGACCUAUGCGAACCGAACCCGUGCGGCGAGAACGCCCGGUGCCAGCCCGGCCACGAUGUGACCGGCAAGGAGCGACCGGUGUGCACGUGCUUGCCCGGUUACACCGGCGACGCGCUCACCCGGUGCAGGCGCGGCGAGUGCACCGCCGACGUCGAGUGCCGUCACGACCAGGCGUGCGUCGACUACCAGUGCAAGAACGUGUGCUCUGGCCAGUGCGGCGUGGACGCCGAGUGCAACGCCCGGAACCGCGUGGCCACGUGCUCCUGCCCUCCCGGUUACACGGGCGACGCGCUGUCCAGGUGCUACCCGAAGUCGACGUCGACCGGCGCACGUUAUUCAAGCGGCGGACGUAUCUACUACAACCGCAAGAAAUGAUCAUAAUAUUAUAAUAUAAUAAAAUAGUAAAAUAAUCAUCGUUAUUAUAAUACUAUUAUCGGGUGUACAGUCAUCGUGUUAAUAUUAAUAUUAUCGUCAUAUUAUUGUCCCACGUGUUUGCGGUCGCGGGAUUUACACCUCCGCGGAAACGAACAACUGUAGUGAGAAUGUUCGAUUCCCAGGCCGGUUGUUCAGUAAUAAUUAGUUAUGCGUGCAAAAUGUAAUCUUAUAGUUAUAAGUAUUAUUAAUCUUAUUAUUUAUAUUUUAUUGCCAUAUUGUGAAAAUUAAACAUUUUAAGCUCAUCGUUAUAGGCUUAGAGUUCGCUGAAAUCAAUACAUAUUGUGUAAAAUUAUAUUCGAUAGAUAAACACGCUGUACACCGACACGAAUUUUAUAUUAUUACGUCAUUUGUAGACAAUUUUUAAUUUCUUAAAUAUUAUAUCGUUACCAUUUUUUUUUAAAUAUAUAAUUUAUUUUUAUUUUCUAAA